CUGACUCCGCCAUGUCAUCAGUCUGCGUCGGUAAACGAAAACGUGCGUCGCGUAGUUCAAAGGAGUGAUAAAUUAACGAAAAAUAAUUAUUAAAUAGAUUCAAACUAGAGUACAUUUCGCAGUCGGGUCGAUAUGGACGACGAAGAGGAAACAUACAGACUGUGGAAGAUUCGUAAAACCAUCAUGCAGCUGUGCCACGACCGAGGCUACCUGGUGACACAGGACGAGUUGGACCAGACACUGGACGAGUUCAAGAGUCAGUUUGGAGACAAGCCCAGCGAGGGUCGCCCCAGACGCACAGACCUCACUGUGCUGGUGGCGCACAACGAUGACCCCACGGACCAGAUGUUUGUUUUCUUUCCUGAGGAGCCCAAAGUGGGAAUCAAGACUAUUAAGAUGUACUGUCAGAGGAUGCAGGAGGAGAACAUCACACGAGCCAUCAUUGUUGUUCAGAUGGGCAUGACACCGUCAGCCAAACAGUCUCUAGUUGACAUGGCACCCAAAUACAUAUUGGAACAGUUUCUACAACAGGAGCUGCUUAUUAACAUCACAGAGCAUGAGCUUGUUCCAGAGCACAUUGUUAUGACGAAAGAGGAAGUGACUGAACUUCUGGCAAGAUAUAAACUAAAGGAAAGCCAGUUGCCGAGGAUCCAGGCUGGGGACCCUGUGGCUCGCUACUUUGGCUUGAAAAGAGGACAGGUAGUAAAGAUCAUCAGACCCAGUGAAACAGCUGGGCGGUACAUCACAUAUAGACUGGUGCAGUGACGGAGAGAUGUUCUUCUGGAUCAACAUUUAGGACGACCAGUGAAGGAAACUGAAGAUGUUACAUCCUUCAUCACUCAUCCACGGAUUAUUCUUCUGCUUAUGACUUGUGUUGUUUAGUUUUUCUGAUAAUUACUGAUUUUGUAAAAUAAACAUUUCAAAAUUUAA